AUGGAUCAGAGAUUCCAUGGCCUGCCUCCUCUCAAGAGAUUCAGACUUAUGCAACAACAAGAGCAGCAGGAAGAUACCCUUUUAGCCUCCUCGCGCCUUCCGGCGAAGAAAAGAAAAGAGGCAUGGCACCAGCCCCUUCUCCCGGACCCAUUUGCCGCCACCACUGCUGUCUCCACCUAUUCAUUGCCUGCCAAGAAAAGGGUUUGGGCCUUUCUGCCAGAUUUAAUCUCCGAGGACCCGCUUUUGACAUUGGACCUUAAUGUCGAGUACAAGGUGCCUUUUGGUGCAGAGUCAGAAGAAGCAGUGGUGGAGAAAGAAGAAGAGGAAGAAGAAGAGAAGGGUAUUAUUCAUGAAAAUGAUUGCAGUGAAGCUACUGAAAAUACCCAAGAAGAGAAAGGCCAAGAAAUUACUGGUGAUGAAGAUGACAAUGAAGAAGAAGAUGGGAUUGUUUGUGCUAUAUGUCAGAGUACAGAUGGAGAUCCAUCAGAUCCAAUUGUGUUCUGUGAUGGCUGUGAUCUAAUGGUUCAUGCCACCUGCUAUGGCAAUCCCCUUGUAAAGGGUAUUCCAGAGGGCGAUUGGUUCUGCUCCCAAUGCUCGCUUUCUUCUGCGUCUUCUCAAUCCACUGAGUCCUCUUCUUGCUGCCUGUGUCCUAUCAAGGGAGGAGCAAUGAAGCACACCAGAGAUGGCAGGUGGGCCCACAUCGUGUGCGCGCUUUAUGUGCCUGAGGUGUUCUUCAAAGAUCCCGAAGGCCGAGAGGGGAUUGAUUGCUCCAAGGUUCCCAAAAGGAGGUGGAAAGAGAGGUGUUAUGUUUGUAAGAGUUCAAGGGGAUGUGCUAUUCAGUGCUCUGAGCUUAAAUGUCCUUUGGCUUUUCAUGUGACUUGUGGAUUGAAUGAAGAUCUUUGCUUAGAGUACAGGGAAGGAAGGAAGCAGGGUGCUAUUGUAGCUGGGUUUUGUAAAACCCACUCAGAUCUGUGGAAAAAGCAAGAACAGACUGGGAAGUACAAGAUUGUGGCUAGAGAAGACUGA